UUUAGGGUCACAUCGCUUCCGGGUUCUGCUGAGUCCAGUGUUUUCCAGCUGAGCGAUAGACACGAAGGAGCGACAAGAUGAGUGCCGAAAAGUACCCCCGGUCUUCUAUUGAAGACGACUUCAACUAUGGCACCAACGUUGCUACAGCGAGUGUCCAGAUUCGAAUGGACUUCCUGAGGAAGGUGUACAGCCUCCUGAGCUUGCAGAUCAUUCUGACCACGGCCACCUCCGCUCUCUUCAUGUUCUCCCAACCCAUCAAGGACUUUGUCCACGCCAGUCCUGCCGUGGUACUGGUUUCGGCUCUGGGCUCUCUGGUUAUCCUGGUGGCCCUGGCCGUGUACAGGCACAAACAUCCAGUCAACCUCUACCUGCUGCUUGUGUUUACCCUGCUGGAGGCGGUUUCCGUGGCCACAGCCGUGACCUUCUAUGAGUACUCCACUGUGCUGCAAGCUUUGUGCCUGACCUGCGCUGUGUUUGUUGGACUGACCGUCUACACCUUCCAGUCCAAGAGAGACUUCAGCAAAUUGGGAGCUGGCCUAUUCGCCUGCCUGUGGAUCCUCCUCAUCGCAGGCUUCAUGAGGUUCUUCUUCAACAGCGACAGCACCGAGCUGUUAAUGUCCGCUGCCGGGGCUCUGGUCUUCUGCGGCUUCAUCAUCUAUGACACCUUCAUGCUAAUGAAGCAGCUCUCCCCUGAGGAGCACAUCCUGGCCUCCAUCAACCUCUACCUGGACAUCGUCAACCUGUUCCUGCACAUCCUGCGUCUCCUCGACUCCAUGAAGAAGCACUAAGCCGCCAACACCAUAUUCUGCCUUUAUGGAAAGCCACAGAUACGGCCGUGCUGUGAUUGUCUUGUGUUCAUGUGAGUUCUACUGUCCUGACAUAAAUAAGAAGUGACAUUUUAGGGAGGAAUCUUCUUGAAUGAAAUAAAGUAACUAUAACUCAGUGGUUGGUGAACUCUUUCCAGGUGGCUGUGGGACUUGCUUCUUUUUAUUUGUGGUUGCUGAUUUCAUUUAAAUUGAGGAUGUCCUUAUCAGUGGUGAUUUGUUUUGAAUCCAGAAUUUACUCCUCAUGUUAUGACAAAACUCUAUGACUUAAACGUAUACAUUAUUUUAGAACCCACUAGCGCACCCAACUGGCCAGAUGGCUGCUUAACUUGUUUUGUUUGCCUUUUUCUUAAGUAUAAUUACGUACAUCUCAAAAGGGAUUUUACUAAUAUAUUCUCAAAUUAAAUUUAUUGUUGAAUGUUUCCAAUGUCAUAAAUAACUUGUUAAUAUUCCACCAGUGACCUAAAUUCCUCACAUAUGUUAAUGUUGUACAAUAUAUAAGAAGAUGAUGACACACUGUAUGCUGGUUUUUCAUGAAGGUUUGGUGCAUGCCUGGGUUUUUUGAUUCCUGUGAUUGUAGAUAUUGUAUUUUUAUGAAGUGAAUGUAACCCCGGGUAGCCAAACUCUGAUUGUUAAGCAUUAAAGUGGAUUGAAGAAUUGAA